AUGGACAGGAAAAGACGAGUUUGUCAGCCAAAUGAAAGCCAGCCGCGAAGGGACCCUGGCCGCUCAGGCGACACACGAUCGUUCCCUGAGAGCAAGUAUACAGGGAGCCAAAAACGAAAUGAAAGCCCCGCUGUCGCUGUGAGAAAUCGGCAAGAGACAGGGACGAUAUCAGAAGAUAAAGCAGGCUCACUGCCUUCUCGAGCCACAACCCCACAUAUCAAGGUUCGUUCUGUUGUGCCCUUCCACUAUCAGGCUACCCAAAAUCAAUGUGGCACAUUCGACAGAAAAGGUAACAGCACCGACAAGGUCACAAGUGGCACGAAUGUCGGAGCCAGAGUCUGGGAGGACAUAAAAAUUCUGCCACUGAAAAGCCUUGUCGGCAGUGGUGCUAUGGGCCAUGUGUACCUUGUGGAAAUCGAUGGCCAAGAGUAUGCUUUAAAAAUCGCAGUCCAGAGUGAUCCCGCUGCAUGCAUGUAUCUUCGGCACGGAUGGAGAAACCUCGUUCGGCUCGAGACGAUGCACCUUGCAAGGGAAGCAGAUGACGAAGCAAGCGCGGCACAAAGUAGGAAAACACCAUCUGGCCAGACAGGCAGAACACGUGCAUCCGACCCACAAAGAGUGAGCAUUUCCGCCUGCGGCGGAUCGUUUGCUUCUCGUGUGACAGGCGACCCGACGGAAGCCACGAAAGCGACAAAACGACCGCGCUAUUUCUGCAAGCCUCUGGCUUUCUUGGAGGGGGACUGGAUUCGUUAUCACGGCGGAAGAGACGCAGGCUGUGGAGAGUUCGACUCCGCCAAAGAUGAUUCAAAAUUUGGGAAAAAUGGACCGCCGAACUCGACCGGCUCUCCGUCAGUUCGGGUGACACCUGUGUGCGCCUACUUAAUCGAAUAUAUCCCCAACGCAUGCCAACUGACGGCUUUCAUCUGGAACUUCCAUCGGACCUCGGAUCUCAGUAAACUGCUAAGGGCCAGCGCCCAUCCACAUGGAACACUGGCAGCGAAGCGUUUGAUCGAUCUGAGCAUACACGUGGCAGCCGCACAUAAACUUAUUGCAUGCAGAGCUGGAAUGUUUUCCUUUGACUUCAAUCCGAAGAACAUUCUCGUUAGCGUCGAUAUCCCCGCGAGUAUGAAAGAGCGCAUGGCAGCUCAGAGGCAUUCACCCGCGUUCUCUGCAGCAGAAAUAACGCGUCUGAUUCUUGGCGAUCCUGCCGUUAAGUUCAGGGUUGUGGCCAUCGACCUCGACUGCUCCCUGCGCGCUCCAUUCUCCUCUGUGAAUGAGGAUAGUUUGUUGCUGGAUUGGAGUUGCGGACGACGAGUCGUGUAUUCGUGUCCACACAUUUCGUCCAUCACGGCUUCAUACAUCCUGGCAGUGCUUGCGAAGAACAAAGGAGAGGGCCAGUUUGCCAGGAGUGGAUUGAAAGAGACAGUUGCCCACGAAGCCCUCUGCAGGCGUAUUGACGACAAAACAAACUUCCUCCACUACAUGUGGGCGGAACGGAAUGCGCAUGUCGAGAAUCUGCCAGGCUCAGGGAUGGCGCGAGAAAGUACGAAGGAGCUUGAAAGCCACAGCGCAGGCGCUACAACGGAAUCGUCGUCUGCGCAGAAGAUGGAGAAGGGCGCGACGUACGCCGGACAAGGAAGUAGAGACAUGCAGGCCGAGCAGCAGUCAGACGCGCCGCUCCCCCAACAGUACUUAGCAUGUUUCAUAUAUCCACGCGACCGUCUUCCACGGGAUGUAUCGCAGAAGGAAUACAGGAAAUACGGAGUCCGUCUGGUCGGUCACCACGUCAACCUCCAACUGCUUGCGUUCAUUCUCUGCGAGCUGUUGGACUUCAGAAGCCUGCACGUUGUCGUUCUUCAAAAAUACACUCCGGAGCUCCGCAUGCUGCACCUGCCCACUGACAUUUGCCGCAUGUUCUCUGAGCAGGAUCAAAUUAUCAGUUGCCUGUGCUUCUCUGCACUGACCAGGAUGAAAAGCGCGGCGAUCGUGGGGACGGGAAAGCAGAUAACGAAAGAUUGCUUGACAAGGAAGGCUCUCCAGCUGCUCGACCGAAUCCCCAGGGAACACAACCCUCGAGGACAGCCGCGUUGUAUCCACAAAUUUCGAAAACCCAUCGCAGGUGAAACUCUUCCAGCGUUGGCUCAUCCUCCUCCGCAGUGCCUGAGAACGAGUAGUGCCUCCUGCUUGUCGCCCGCCGUCGUCCCGCCUAAGACUCGUCGGUUUCUUCGCGCGGGAGGACCCCACCCCCUUUUAGCAAACAUGGCGAGUCACGACGCUUCCCGCGCCUUCUUCUCUGCUAACAGAUCUUCCCUGACUUGUCUGAGAAAAGAUGAGCUUGUCGGCUUCCCGCAGGCGCUGCCUGAACACUCGAAGGGCCAGGCAACUCUCCCGCGGCCUCUCGAUUUGCGCGAGAGCUCGAUGGCGGACGCCUUGGUAGUGAGUUCAGGCGUCCAGACUGCUGCGAAAGCGCAUCACACCAGUGAGCCGCCGCCACUGUUGUCUAGCCAGGAGUCGGUUUUGGCGGGCAACAGCGGCAGACAGACUGUUACAGGAAGGGAAGGGGAUAACGAGGAUCCCGAAGACAGGACGACCAGAGCUGGCAAGAAUCCUGCGAUCACGCAACAGAGGGCGGGGAUCGGCGGAGGGAUGAAGAAUCUGUUCUUCACACCUGAAGAAGUCUCAAAGAUGACCGUAUGGGAGAAAGUCGAGGCACUUCCUGCUCUCAGCCCGCAGGAUUUCCUGCCCCCGGCGGACCUCUUCGGGCGGAGGUGCAGAGAAGAAAUGGCUUCGCUCAACGCAGUUCUUGUCCAGUGCCUUGACCCUCAUCCUCUCUACGUCCUUCAGAAUUUCCCGUCGCCUGAACUUGCAUUUGACAGUCUCGUUCAGUCGCUUGAGCGCCUGCGGCAGCGGCUCGAUCCAAGUUGA